CCGGUGCUGGACCGGCGCAGCUAAUGCCGCAAACUUUGAAACUUUCUGCGUGGUUUUGUGGCCGCGAGCCUUUGUUCCUGCGGCUCGCGCCUCCGUUCCCAUGGUGAAGCUUCUCCGGCCCGCGAGGCCUCCGAGCAGAGCCGAGAGCUUCCGGAAACACACGAGCGUCCUGGACCGCUGACUCCAGAGAAACGAGGUGUGACAUCACGGCGUCCUGAUGGAGGGGGCGGAGCCUAGCGGCUACCUGGCCCAGCUGAAGGCUGAGUUCGAGCGGUGCUGCGGCGCCGGCGCCACGGGCCAACUGGACCGGGCCGGACUGACGGCGCUGAGCGGGACCCUGCAGCUGGACCACCACCUGCCGCUGCUGCUGGACACGCUGCUGGGGGCGGCGCCGUCCGCCAAGGUGAACUUUGAGGACUUCAAGGACGGGCUGGUGGCGGUUCUGUCCGGUUCUUUGGACCUCGGCGCCUCAGAGGACGACAGCAGCUACCUGCAGCCAGCCGUCCCCCAGGAGGUGCAGCCCAAGCUGGUGAGGGGAGCCAAGCGCUACGGCCGCCGGUCCCGACCAGAACCGCCGACCCACACCGGCCCCACCUGCGACCCGGAAGACGCCGCUAACAGAACCGGCGCCGCGGACCCGUCGCCGCCCGGCGUCCGCAGGGCCAAGCUGAGACGGUCCACUUCUCUGGAGAGCGUGGAGAGCCUGAAGUCUGAUGAAGAAGCAGGAAGUGCCAAGAUGGACCCACCGCUCCUUCAGAAUAAAGAUCAGCAGCAGGAGGACGGAGGAGGCCCUGGAGUUCUGGCAGCAAGGUGUGAUCACCUGGUUGUGCAGGACGGGGACGAGCUGUUCAGGGAGCAGGAAGUGGACCUGGAGCCCGGCGUCACAGUCAGGGAGUUCAGGAAGGCCCUGUGGAGCUCCGCCCCCAUGCUAAGCUCCACCCCUGUGCGGCCAGCUGACCUGCAGAGGGCGCCACUCAGGAACCAGCAGCUGAAGGAGGAGGGCCCGGCCCGCUCGGCGCCGCCCUCCCUGCUGACGGCCACCGUGGGUCAGCGCCUCCUGGGCCGGCUGGACGACGGGUCCGGCUUCACCAGCCCGGAGCGGGUGGUGGCGCUGUGGACCGAGGAGGGCAUCGGCAACAGCUGGGAGAUUCUGCAGACCCUGGACUUCGGGCCGGAGGAGCGUCUGGGCCUGGCCGAGCUGACGCUGGCGCUGGACAACGAGCUGCUGGCGGGGGGGAACGGCAUCCACCAGGCGGCGCUGGUGUCCUACAGGAACCAGAUCCAGCACCUGCAGGAGCAGGCGGAGCAGGCCGGCAGGGAGCGGGACAAGCUGCGGGCGGACCUGGACCGGGCCGAGCAGAGGAACCUGCAGCUGGUGCGGGAGGCCGACGAGCGUCACGCCUGCAUGGAGACGCUCAGCGAGAGCCGCGUCAGGGAGCUGGAGCAGGACUUCAGGGAGCGGCUGGCGUCUCUGCGCUGCCGGGCGGAGCAGGACGGCGAGGCGCUGCUGCAGCAGGCGGAGCAGGAGCGCCUGGCCCUGCAGGAGGAGCUGCAGCAGGUCCGGGCCCGGGAGGCCCGGCUGCAGGAGGAGCUGGCCGGCGCCGUGCAGGAGAGGCGGCGCGUGGAGGAGGAGCUGGAGGGCCUGCAGGAGGAGCUGAAGGAGGCGCAGAGUUCUGGUCGCAGACUGCAGGCGGACCUGGACCAGCUGCUGCUGCACAAGCUUGGCAGUUUGGACCCGUCCGGCGCCGCCCUGAGCCACGAGGAACGCUUCUCGGAGCUCCUAGCAGAGUACGAGCGGCAGCGCCGGGAGCUGCAGGACAGGAACGAUGAGCUGGAGCUGCUGAGGAGCUGCAGGAGCUGCAGGAGGUCCCCCCGGCCAGCAGGAGGCGCCGAGCUGAGCUGGAGUCAGCAGCAGCCAGACUCUGAUGAUCCAGACAUGAGGAGCAGCUCGUCUCCAGCGGUGAGGAAGCGGCUGCAGCCGGCCGAUGGGGCAGCUCUGUCCUCGCUGGACGUGUCCGGUCCCUCCGUCAGCAUCCAGACGGAGCUGGCGCUGCAGCAGCUGAAGCAGAACCAGGAGAUGGAGCUGCAGCAGCUUCAGGUGCAGCUGGAGACACAGACCAACUACUACGAGCGGCAGCUGGAGCUGAUGAGGAGCAACAUGGAGGUGGAGCGCAAGGACAUCUGCCAGGCCUUCAAGCUGGAGAUCAGCGAGCUGGAGGAGCAGAAGGCUGAGGCGGAGCAGCAGGUGAAGCAGCUGAAGGAGGCGGUGCUCAGGCUGCAGAACCAGGUCCAGCAGGGCGGAGGAGCGAGGAGCGCCGAGGAGGAGCGCAGGAUGCAGCGGGAGCAGGCGGAGCUGGAGCAGAACUACGCCAGAGAGAUGGGGAACCUGGUGCGGAGGCUGAGCGCCGAGAAGGAGCAGCAGGAGGCGGAGCUGAAGCUGCAGAUGGACCAGGAGGUGGCCCGGGUCAGGUGGGUGGCGUCAGAACCAGAACCAGAACCAGCUCUGUGUCUCCUGGAGACCCAGGCCCGGCACACAGAGGCUGGGCGCCGCCUCCUGCAGGAGGAGGAGGAGCAGCAGAACCUGCAGGAGGCGGCUUGGAGGCGCGGCCAAUCAGAGGCCCGGCUGGAGGCGCAGGAGGUUCUGAUCACACGGCUGGUACCAGAGAGGAGCUGCCAGCAGGUGAGGAGGAAGGAGGCGGAGCUUAGCGCUUGUAGCUCCUCCCCCACGCCGCAGGAGGUGCUCCGGAGCAGAACCGGAGAGGAACUGGACCCCCUGAAUACGGAGGGGAACCGUUUGGACCAGAGGAGGAGCAGGGAGGCGGCGCUGCAGGAGGCGCUGGCGGAGGCGCUGCAGGAGGCGAGCCGUCUGGGCCAGAGGAGGAGCAGGGAGGAGGCGCUGCAGGAGGCGCUGCAGGAGGCGCAGCAGGAGGCGCAGCAGGAGGCGAGCCGUCUGGGCCAGAGGAGGAGCAGGGAGGCGGCGCUGCAGGAGGCGCUGCAGGAGGCGCAGCAGGAGGCGCUGCAGGAGGCGCUGCAGGAGGCGCUGCAGGAGGCGCAGCAGGAGGCGAGCCGUCUGGGCCAGGAGAACAGAACCUACAUGCGGCUGGUGGAGCAGCUCUCCUCCCAGAUCGUGGAGAUGGAGGAGGAGAUCUCCUCCCUGAGGGAGCACCUCCGAGGCCUCAGCUCCCAGCUCAACGGAACCGCAGACCUGGUUCUGGACCUGCGGCGCCAGCUCAACGCCAGAACCCGGCAGGAGGCGCCGGACGGGCCCUCGGAGCGGGAGGGCCUCCUGCAGCGGGCCCUGCUGGACUCCCAGAACCGGCUGACCCGCUCCCAGGAGGACUUUGAGGAGGAGAAGAGGAGGCUGGCCCAGCAGCUGAUGGAGCUGGAGAACCUGGUUCUGGUUCUGGAGGCGGCCGGUCCUCCCAGGACGCAGCUGGAGGAGGUCCGGUCGGAGAACGCGGCUCUACAGGAGCGGCUGAAGGUUCUGCAGCAGCAGGUCCAGAACCUGGAGGACGAGGCCCAGAAGAGAAGGAGGAGGCUGCAGGAGGUGGAGAGGGAGCACCAGAGGAGCAGGGAGGAGGAGGAGCGGCUGCACACAGAGAACUGCAGGUACCGUGAGGAGGUUCUGGACCUGAGCAGCAGGAACCUGCAGCUCAGCGGCGCCAACGGUGACCUCAGCAGCCGUCUCCGUGGCGAGGAGGCGUCUGUGGCCACGCUGCGGGAUCGCCUAGCAACGGUCGCCAGGCAACGAGAGGAGGACGCCGCUGCUGUGCGGCGGCUGCAGGAGGAGCUGCGCGCCUCACAGCUGGGCAGCCAAUCACGGCUGGAGGCGGAGCUUAGCGGGCUGAGCAGGAAGCUGCAGGAGGUGGAGGAGCAGAAGGAGGAGCUGCAGAGAGACGCAGAGAGCCGGCGCCACCAGGUGGAGCGGCUGCAGCAACAGAACGGCGCCCUGCAGGCGGAGGCCGAGCUGCUGCGCGCUCAGCUGCUCGCCGCCACGCAGGAGCGUCUGGGCCACGCCCAGGAAGGGGCGGAGCUCCGCAGGAAGCUGCAGGAGGCGCUCAGCAAGGUGGAGGAGCAGGAGCAGCUUCAGCAGAACCUGCAGCAGGAGAACCGCCGCCUGAGGGACCAGAACCAGGAGCUGCAGCAGCAGCUGUCUGAGCUGCAGGUCCAGGAUGUUCAGGUCCAGAACCUGAGGCAGCAGCUGCAGAACCUGAGGUCCAGGUUGGAGGAGGAGCAGAGGGCCCGGACGCAGGCUCAGGACCAGGCGCUGCGGUCUGACGGCGCCCUCGGCGUGCUGAAGGAGCGGCAGGAGGAGGUGAGGAGGAGCCAGGAGGAGGUGAGGAGGAGCCAGCAGCAGGAGCAGCAGAGCAGAUCUCUGCUGCGCAUCAAGCAGGAGCAGUGGGAGCAGCAGGCGGCGGCGCUGCAGCGGCGGGUGGAGGAGCUGGAGGUCCAGCUGAAGGCUCUGCGCUCGGUUCUGCAGGAUCGGGUCCAGCAGCUGAAGCAGCAGAUGGAGCGCGGCGUGCAGACGAGCGGCGCGCUGAAGGAGCUGUACCUGGAGAACGGGCAGCUGCUGGCGGCGCUGCAGGUCACCGAGCAGCGCCAGAAACGGGCCGAGAACAAGAACCUCCAGCUGGAGGAGAAGGUCGGCGCUCUGAACGAGCUGCUGAGGCAGGUGGUGGCCACCGUGCUCGCCACCUGAGGAGGAGGUGGUGACGUCUGAGCCUCAGAGCGGAACGUUCUACCAGAACCUUCACUGGGUCGGCCCAUUUUACAGAGAAAUGUUUCUAAUAAAAGUUUUCUACGUGUUUCA